UCAAGAGCGUGACUAGAUAUAUGGUCAAUUCGAGAUGUUAGAAGGUGCAAAAUCAAUGGGUGCCGGAGCUGCUACAAUUGCUUCAGCGGGAGCUGCUGUAGGUAUCGGAAACGUAUUCAGUUCAUUAAUUCAUUCCGUGGCAAGAAAUCCAUCAUUGGCAAAACAGUUAUUCGGAUAUGCAAUCCUGGGCUUUGCUCUAACCGAGGCUAUUGCCUUGUUCGCAUUAAUGAUGGCCUUUCUGAUUCUCUUUGUUUUCUAAGUUUAUCCUUUUGAAAGGUGUUAGAAAUAGUU